GCUCAAAAAGGCUGCAAAUUAAAGACAACAGUAGAUUAAACAACUUGAAGGAAAAUACAAAUAUAAUGUCACACAAAGAUUAAGUUCAGGGCAUAUUAUGUAGGAGCAACGCUUUGAGUUUACUGCCAUUUAUGUUUAUUUUAAUUUGAAGAAGAUUCUGUAAAAUGACGUUGUUGAGUCCAGUUCCAGGUUUUAGCUCGAAUACGUCACGUAUUGUCGGGGGCAAGGGCGAAGUGCUUAACCUAGUUGGGGACAUAUAAGCGAUUCUGUUGUUCUUAUAUAGCAAUCAUUUACAAGCUACAGGUUACCGGUGAUUUAUCAGCUGAAUGGUAUGAAUAACGUUUUAAGUAGCCGCGUCUUCUUUGGUACUUGUAGUUUUUGUCGAUGUUUUCUGAGAAGACACAGAGCUUCGCCACAUGUCACCGAACCACGGGGGAAGACUACUACCGUCAGUCACAGGGAUGCUAGGAUAGAGCUGUCGCGUUUUUAUGCAUCAUCGCAAGCACCAUGUUCAAUAAAACUACCGAAUAACCGGCAAAUAUCGGAUAAGAUUGGCGGUGCUAUGAAUGUGUUUGAUAGGAACAUGAAACGGAGACAGAAGCAGUGGGCUGCCUCCUUGGAAGACCCAGAUAAAUACGAGUACCUCAAAAACGAGGUUGGCAGCAGAGUCGCAGACCGGGUGUAUGAUAUUGCAAGAACGUUUCCUUUGGCUUUGGAUGUAGGCUGCGGACGAAGUCACAUUGCUGAGCACUUGAGCAAGGAUGUAGUUGAGAGGCUCUUUUUGACAGACAUCUCUGAAGACACUUUGAAGCUGAGGAGGCAGAGUGACAUUCCAGUGCGCUGUAUCCUGGCAGAUGAGGAGUUUCUGCCCUUCAGAGAGAACACGUUUGAUUUAGUGAUGAGCAGUUUAAGCUUGCACUGGAUUAAUGAUCUUCCUGGAGCUUUGCGUCAGAUCUUCCACGUCCUGAAGCCAGAUGGGGUGUUCAUUGGGGCCAUGGUUGGUGGAGAGACCCUGUAUGAACUGCGCUGUUCCCUGCAGUUGGCGGAGAUCGAGAGGGAAGGAGGUUUUUCCCCUCACGUGUCUCCAUACACCGCAGUCACUGACCUGGGCAACAUCCUUGGUCAAGUUGGAUUCAACAUGCUAACUGUGGACAUCGACAACAUUCACAUCCAUUAUCCAGGAGUCUUUGAAGUUAUGAGUGACCUACAAGCAAUGGGUGAAAGUAACUGUGCUUGGAACAGGAAGACCAUGUUGCACAGAGAUACUAUAUUAGCCGCUGCUGCUAUCUAUAAAGAAAUGUAUGGCUGUGAUGACGGUUCGGUGCCAGCUACUUUCGAGAUCUUGUUCAUGAUUGGCUGGAAGCCUCAUGAAUCACAGGCAAAACCAGCUAGAAGAGGCUCAGCGAACAUCUCGUUUGGUGACCUUGGAAAGAUCAAUCAGUCCCCUUCCAUGGACAAACCAAAGGAACGGUGAAAGAGUGGUUUGAUAUACUUCCCAUUGUCGAGAAGAAAUCCUUCUUAUUCUUUGAGUAAACAAUAAUCAUUAUGUCCCUGAUUCAACGUCAAGCAGUUUGCACAUGCAUAAUUUAUACUGCAUUGUACUGAAUUAUCUAGGGAGACAUUACUAAAGCUUUUACGCAAACUCCCUUUAUUGUAAAUCUCUUUCCAACAGGGGCACUUAAUUACCAAUCUGUAUUCUGUAUUAGGGAUUUUUGUCGUGUACGUUCUUAAGACAGAAUAUGAACAUUAAACCACCUUGCAUCAGUCGA